AUGCAGCAAUACCAGCAACGAUUACGGCAAUUACCACAGCUGCCCGCACCUCCGUAUAUACAAUACUUAGAAAAUAACAAUAAUAUUGGUCAAUACCAAGAAAAACCUCUUUUGAAAAUGCAAAAACCUCAAGAGAAACACCCGAUAGUUAUUCCAGAUUUGUUGUCCGUCACAACUCCACCUCUUACACCCCCACCAAAUCUUCUUUAUCACGCGUCUUUGAAAUCCUCUCUUGAACAACAGCAAAAACACGAACAAUCAGAACAACGACAACGAGGUCCCCCUUCACCCUUGGUGUUACCUCAAUUAUGUCCGCUCGUAAAUACAAUUAACAAUGAUCAUAAUAAUGGCAAUCAACCAAAAUGGGCAUCAUCACUACCACCUUCAGAAGAUAAUAGCUAUGAUGAACGCGAUCAUUCCAUAUUUCCAAAAUCGGAAUCCAGUUGUUGCUGGUCCGAAGAAGGUGGCAACUCGUUAUCUGAUGAAGGAGGAUAUUACAAUUACAACAACAACAAUAGUAAUCCCACUAAUCUUAGUAAAAUAAGCGGUAUUAAUAAUGAAGAUGUGAUACAACGACCUCAACCAUCGAUCGGAUUCAUUAGUCAAAUUCAACAAUUACAGGAUCAAUUAUUACCUUUACGAUUGAAUCAACAUCCUCAACCACCAACACCACCAUCGAUCAUAAAUAGUAACAAGAAUAAAAAUAACAAUUUAAGCGUUGCAAAUAAUAAUAGUAACAAGACCACCUCAUCGAUAUCAUCAUCGACAAAAACUACGAACACCACUUCUUCAUCCGCGUCCAACACAAACAAACGCAAAUACGUAUGCACGUAUGAAUCAUGCGGUAAAAGUUUUACCACUAGUGGGCACUUGGCACGCCACAACAGAAUCCACACGGGUGAAAAGAACUUUGCUUGUCUAAUGCAUGGAUGUCCAUCAAAGUUCUCACGACAGGAUAAUAUGAUGCAACAUUACCGCACGCACACAUCAUCAAAGUCUCGUCGCGGCUCCAAAGUCGGGCAAAGUGGUGGUGUUGGCGUUGUUGGCGGCAUAGUACCAGUCGGAAACAAGAAUUCUUGUGUAUCAUUGAGCGGAAAUGGUGACGGAGAAAUUGGAUUCAAUUCACUGAAUAUCAUUAAUAAUAAUACUACUACUGGCUAUAUAGAAAAUAAUAAUCUUUUCACUGUAAAUAUCAAUCAACACCUCGCGACAUUAUUGGAAAAGAACGAGCAUAAUACAGAGUCAGUCGAAAAGUUAUUUCCGCUAAUCAAGUUUCUAAAAUGUGAAAGUGGCCGACUUUUGUUAAUGACUGGUGCAGGUGUGAGCACUGAUUCGGGGAUACCAGAUUAUCGUGGUCCAAAAGGGAUAUACACAGUGAAUAAAAAUCAUAAACCAGUUUAUUUCCAAGAGUUUGCAGCCCAUCAUCAUAUACGUCAACGUUAUUGGGCAAGAUCCUAUUUGGGUUGGCCACGGAUUCAAAAGGCAAAGCCAAAUACGACCCACUUUGCCUUUGCAAAACUUCAAUCACUUGGCUAUAUCCAAGGGAUUAUAACACAGAAUGUGGACGCUUUACAUCAGGCAGCCGGUUCGCACGAUAUUCUGGAAUUACACGGCACCUUGCAUCAAAUUCAUUGUAUGCAAUGUGGCCACAUUAACUCAAGAAUCGAUUAUCAGAAAAUAUUGAGCGACUUAAAUCCCGCAUGGGCUGAAUUCUCGGAACUUGUUGAGCAUGCAAAAGAGCAUCCAAGAUUAAAUCCUGAUGGUGACGUUGAGCUACCUUCAAACGCCUCUUAUGAAACAUUCAAAUAUCCACCCUGUGAAAAGUGCCACCAAGGAAUUUAUAAACCAUCUUUGGUAUUCUUUGGCGAAAAUAUCAGUAAAAAUGUGAAAGAACGUUCGAAUGAUAUGAUUUCGAGAAAUGAUUCUGUCUUGGUCGUAGGAUCUACGUUGACAACGUAUUUCGCUUUUAGUUUAGUUAAAUUGGCCAAAAAACUGGGCAAGAAUAUCGGAAUUGUCAAUCUUGGUCCGACUAAAGGAGAUGAUCUUGCAGACUACAAGAUCGAAGCGCAUUGCGGAAAAGUUAUACCUGCUAUUGCAGGUUAUCUUUCGAUGGGAUGA